GAACCCCGGCUCCUCGCCUCCUCUCCGCCUCUCCCAGCCCUCAGCAUCACCCGCUUCCCACAUUCCCCGUGGUGACCCACCUCCCCUGUCCCAUUAGCUGUCAGGCGCCAUAAACCUCCUGCCCUCAUCGCAGCCGAUCGCCCACUUUUCCUGGCAACACUAACCUUCCCCGUCCCAUCCCCCUGACUUCCUGGUGGUCACCAUCUGCGUUAACUCACCCUGUGCCUGCCCCUCUUUCCCACUCUCCAGGCCGGUGGGUGCUGAGAACGCUGGCCCAGAGAGGGCGGGAGGGAAGAGCCCCACGGGGAGAGCUGGCCCCAGCGCAGCAGUCUGGCUCCGGAGUGGAGUGGAGAGGGUUCCAUGCAUCACACUCCUGGCCCAGCGCUGGGCUGCUCCUUUCUGGGUGUUCAGGGUGGCCUGGUCCUGAGGUGACCAGAAGCUCUUGAACACUGGGCAGCCCCUUGAACUGGCCAUUUAAACUGGGGUAGCUGGGUCAGGCAGGGUCUGCAGGCGUUCAUCCUGUCAGAAGUUACAUUUGAUUGGGCUUGAAUUUGGACCCUAUUCCCCAGAGCCAACUGACAUUUAAGGUCUGAGUUUGCAUGUUAUUAAAGUGUGGAGCCCUGAGAUGUUUCCAUCCGUGGUGGGGACAGAAAUGAAACAUGCAAAUGAACAGAUGUGGGUAGAAGGCUGGAAGUUACAGUUGUCCCUGAGAGAAGGAGCUGUGUGCUCCUGUGGCAGUGGGGGCUGUCGCUGGGGGGUUGAAUGUUUGGAGCAAUUCAUAAGAAACGACCACGUUUCAGGGUUUCUUUUAGUGUCAUGGAUAGGCUGUGGGCUUGUACAUCCACCUCUGGUCGCUGAACUAUUUUGGCUAAAAGUGAUUGGCAGGUACAGAGAGUCCAAACUUCAGCUCUCAGGUUCAUGGCCUCCUGAGGAGGGUCCGAAGCUGGGAUUCACAGCGUCAGGUCUUCACAGCUGUUGGUUCGCUGCUGCUUGGAGAGGGCGCAUGGCUGACAGAUGAAGCUUCCCGCAGGAGGGGGGCGGGGAGCAGCUGGGUGGCCAGUGGCGAGGUCCCUCAUCAUCUGCCCAGUUCUCUGUGUCUGCAUUUUGUGGACUUGAACUUGAGUGAUUCGCAGGGCUGCUGGGAACUAACACUUAACAGGUGUGUUAAAUCAUCGCCAUCUCACUCUUAGAGCAUCCAGGAAGAAACUGCUCCUGAGAGGCAGAGUUUGAGAAUUCCAAUUAGGGUAUCAGCACAGUGGUGGGGGGAAUCCUUUCCCCAGAAGCACUAGUUCUCUCCCUCGUGACAGCUUCACACUGAAUUUCAGGAAUCCCGGGGUUCUGCCUGGGAUGGCUGCAAACAAGACACCUUUCUUUAAUCUGGAUUGAGAGGAAGGAGCUGCUGGUCUAGGAGAAGACAAGAGGGAUGAGUCUCCAUAUCCAGUGGGAUCCAGCCCUUCCCUGUUCUGCAUCCGAGGAGCAAUUGGGACCGUGUUGGGGGGAGGGUAGCCUCUAACCUCCCCAACACUGGUAUUUUUCCUAGAAACAUAAAAAAAUUCCCAUGAAUAUUCAGAGUGUGUUUUUGACUUACUAAACAUUGUAGUCAAGUGAUUCUUUAUUCAACCAAAACUGGGAAGAAGCCAGUAGGCAGUUAAUGAGCACCUAAGGUUUCCCUUAGCAAGCCUGGGGACAGAAAAAUCACUUGAGAUUUGGGUCUGAGGAGCGCUGGGGGUUCACACUGAGCUGUUGGGAUCCAGUGGAGUCCUCCUUUCAUGACCCUCCUCUGGUUGGCUGGCCAGCCCUAGGGGGUGCCGCCCCUCCUGGCAGUCACCAGCACUUAUUGGGUGUUCCCAGCGACGCAGUCAUAGUACUUUGUGUGCACCUUCAGCCGGAGAGAGGAAUGUGAGCCCCAUUUGUUGGUUACAGAAGCUGAGACUUGGCGAGGGCCGUGACCUGCCUGGGGUUGGCAUUGACACUUGAUCCUGCCCGUCUCCAGUUUGGGCUCAGAACUUCUCUGCUGAGCAGCAAACGUUUUCGAGGCCAAGGGUGUCCCCAGGGAACGGGGAGGGUCCCAUCUCCCCGUUUGUUCAGCUGUCUUCCUAUAUUCCCAGGAGAGAAGGGGAAAACACAAAGUGACAUCCCCAGGAGUGGGGAGGUAGAGGCUUGUUGAGGAACAGAGCGCUGCUGUUCCCAGCUGCUCAGAGAAAGCGAGGCAGAGAAAGGGACUCGCAGACACGCAGCCCAGGUCUGAGAGGGUCGUGCCGCUGCGCACCGGGGCCAUGAUCCUCCCUUGGGUUUCUGGAUAACCGUGGUGUUGGCCACCGGCCCAACCAUAGGCAGGAUGACUGGCAAACCACAGCUUCCUGUUUGGGAAAGUGCAGGAAACUGAGUCACAGGCCUGGAAGGACUCCUACUUCCACUUCACCCCAUUGCUCACUGACCACGUGGGUGAGCUAGUGCCUUGUCUCCAAGCUGGAAAGCAGAAGAGCCCUUUGUCGGCCACAGGUGUGACCCCAGGGCACCCACUUCCUUUCCCAAGUCGGUAUUAGCCGAACCCUGGACUGAGGGCAGCCAGAUUCAGUAAGAAUGGUGAUGUGCUUGGGAAGAGAAAGGAUAACCCCUCAGACAGACCCUUUGUCAUUGAUGAGGUACUUCUGAAACCAGCUUCCUUUUCCCUUAAAGGCAGUAAUUAAAGGGGAAUAACAGACAGUAAGAUGGACACACGUAGGCUUAGAAGGCACAUGGAGUUUGUAUCCAGGCUCUGGCUGUGUGACUUGGAUGAGCUGUUUGACCUCUCUGUGCCUCAGUUUUCUCAUCUCUAAAAUGGGGACAGUAGCACCUCCUAGGGUGUGGCAGAGUUACCAAGCCAUCCCUGAUGGAUGUAGAGGAGCAACGGCUGGUCUUUUGGGAAAUGGGGGUGCAGGUAAAAUGAGGGUAGGAUAUACAAGACUGCCAAGUGUCCCCUACCAUCAGGGGCCUUACAAAAUGACCUAGAGCUUUACACUUGAAGAGUCUUUAAUGUUUAACAUUUAUGCUGUAUUCUCUUUCUUUCAUUCCAGGUUUGGAUUUUGGAAAAAAAGUCUUCUGGCAGAGACCUGGAGCUUGCUAGUGUGAUGUAGACCAUCUCCUGCCACCCUGUCGCAGUGACUUUCGCUGGGAGUGGAGUGGCAGGUCCAGCUGGCCAGCCUCAGCAUUCAUCGAUGUCACCGGUGGCAGGCUGCGAGGAACAGUGGCGGCCAUGCCCUCCUCGGCCCCAGCGGCUCCUUCUCCCCCACGCUAAUCUGCAUGGUGUGGGUGCCCCUGGGACCCCAGAGGACUGAACGUCUGAUCUGGCUUCACACCCCCAGUAACAAGUCCCCCAAGAUGUCGCUCGAGUGGCUGGUAGCCUGGGGUUGGUCACUGGACGGCCUCAGGGACUGCGUGGCCACCGGCAUCCAGUCCGUGCGGGACUGCGACAGCACGGCCGUGGUCACCGUGGCCUGCCUGCUGGUCCUGUUCGUGUGGUACUGUUACCACGUGGGCAGGGAGCAGCCGCGGCCCUACGUGUCGGUGAACGCGCUCAUGCAGGGCGCCGAGGCGCACGGGCUGCAGAAUGGCUUCGCCUACUGCCAGGCGCCCGAGUGCGUGCGCUGCACCCACGAGGGCCUCAACCAGAAGCUCUACCACAACCUGCAGGAGUACGCCAAGCGCUACUCUUGGUCCGGCAUGGGCCGCAUCCACAAGGGCAUCCGCGAGCAGGGCCGCUACCUCAGCAGCCGGCCCUCCAUCCAGAAGCCCGAGGUCUUCUUCCUGCCCGACCUGCCCACCUCGCCCUACUUCUCCCGGGACGCGCAGAAGCACGACGUGGAGCUGCUCGAGCGGAACUUCCAGACCGUCCUGUGCGAGUUCGAGGCCCUCUACAAGGCCUUCUCGAACUGCAGCCUCCCGCAGGGCUGGAAGCUCAACAGCACCCCCAGCGGGGAGUGGCUCACCUUUUACUUGGUCAAUCAGGGGGUUUGCGUCCCCAGGAACUGCAGGAAGUGCCCACGGACGUACCGCUUGCUCGGAAGCCUUCGGACCUGUAUUGGGAACAAUGUUUUUGGAAAUGCGUGCAUCUCCGUGCUGAGCCCCGGGACUGUGAUCACGGAGCACUACGGGCCCACGAACAUCCGCAUCCGGUGCCACUUAGGGCUCAAGACUCCGAGCGGCUGUGAGCUGGUGGUGGGGGGCGAGCCCCAGUGCUGGGCCGAGGGCCGCUGCCUGCUCUUCGAUGACUCCUUCCUGCACACCGCGUUCCAUGAAGGGUCGGCAGAGGAUGGCCCCCGGGUGGUCUUCAUGGUGGACUUGUGGCAUCCGAACGUGGCAGCGGCCGAGCGGCAGGCCCUUGACUUCAUCUUCGCUCCUGGGCGAUGAGGACACCUCCCUGCUGGAGCGGCCAGGGGGGCCGGAGCACACCUGGGCGGACCCGGGACAGUGCGCCUGCUGCGGCCACAGGGCACGCUCAGCACCUGUCUCCCGGGAAGCGCCCUGGGAUCUCGGAGGGCGUGGUCCCUCUGCCACGUGGUCACUGUAAAUGGAGCCUGCAGCUUGUGUUUCCUUAGGUUUCUUUUCUCCUCCUUCCUUCCAAUUGUCGCUUCUGAGAUUCCUUUCUGGCCAGCUAGUGCGUCCCCUGGGCCCGUGACCAGGGACACGGUGCCUCUGUGAGUCCGUCUGUCGCGUCGCCCCUUGGUUUCUACGUGUUUUCAAACAGAGUAACCAAACGGCCACCGUCCGGCUGUCGGACACGAAGCUGCUCGUGGUCAUCUCCAGGCAAAGCAGACCUGCCAGCCAGCCACGCGGCCACUUUGCUGGCACAUGGAGGACCCUUCGGCCGCCCAGGGCAGGGGACAGUCUGAGGUCUCUGCACCUGGCUGGCUCUGGUGGCAGGGAGCGGGGCUGCAGGCCUCCCCAGGGGUGGCGUCCAGGGUCGGGGAACUGUGGCCACUGUCCUCUUGCCCAAAGCCGUCAGUUCCCUGCAGGGACCGGCCCUCUGCUGGUGGCUUCCUCCAGAGCCGAGGCCGGGGUCCUCCAGAGCUGGGCCGGGCUCCUGGGCCAGCCUCGGCCACUCACCUCACUGCCCACAGACGCCCACUGCCAGGCCAGGCCGGGCACAGCCCCUCAGCGUCUGGAGUCUGGGGUGGUCCAGGGCAGGGCCAGGCUGCCAGGGGGGAGGCUCGCCACCCGACUCCCACCAGGGCUGUCCCCGAGGGUGGCAGUGCCAGCUCUGACCAAAGCGUCCCUUUUGACCUGGAGUCUGUACCCAUGAUUCUCUCCCUGUUUGUUCGCAAAGGUUCCAGCGCAUCUCAGAGGCUGCGGGGGCCGCCGUGCGCCUUGCUGUCCCACGAGGCUGCGCACCCAGCGAAGGUGACCAGGGCCAGCGUGGGUGAGGGCGCAGGGAGGCCUGCAGAUCCCAAGACCCAGAGCACUGCACCAGCUGGGUGGCCUCCUGUGAAGACAUGUCCGCCCAUAGGAGAGGCCCCGGGGGCCUGGGUCUCGAAACAGCUUCCUUUAGCUGAGAGAUGAGGGGAGCCACACGAGAGGGACCUUGUGGGGACAGUGUCCCCGGGGCAGUGGAGGUCCACGCAACACAGCAGUGGAGUGGGGCACACGGCUCUGGCGCGGGGCCCAUUGGUGUCCUAAUGGGAACUGAGGCCCCUGGGAGGAGCCGGUGCGAGAAGCCAGGAUCUGAAGCGCCGGGUGUCACUGGCUAUGUGUGAAAAGGACACGUUUGUGGCGGGCGAGGGGAACACAGGAGGCAGGGUUGUCACCCGGAGUCCCCGUGCCCGUCACGUGUCUCGUCAGAGAACCGCCGAGGUGCAUGACCCCACACGAGCCGACCUUCCUGCUCCAGUUUACAAACCAACAGCCACACAGGCACCUGGCUGCCCGGACCCCUGUCAUGGUCGGGGACAGAGAUAAAUAAAGGAUCUUGCUGAAAACCAGA